AUGAAGAGCUCCAGAACAUUCUUCUUCCAGAUGUGUUUGAGUGUAGUGGUUUCUAUAGGCUGCUUUACUUGUAAGCCUCUCAGUAAUGAUGUCCAAGGCAACAACCCAGAUGGACUUUACAGGCAUCUGUCAGAGGAGGACCUUCUAGAGGAGGAAGACACCAAUUCAUGGUUGGACAGCCUCAUGGGAACCAUGAAGGAGGGCUUUCUGAGGAAACUCAACCUGUCAGAUGUUCCCCAGAAGCACAGCAAAAUCGACCCUCCUCAGUUCAUGAUGGAGCUCUACAACAAGUAUGCCUCAGACAGCUCGGCGGUUCCUCAGUCAGAUGUUAUACGAAGUUUCGCUGUCCAAGAUACCAUUCAGUCAGCAAGAAAUGGUACAAAGACAAGACACAGACUCCUGUUCAAUGUCAGCAUACCCAAACAUGAGAAGAUCAUCACUGCUGAAUUACAGCUGUUCUUCUUUCCGGAUGUAAGGUCAAGGGUUAUCUCCCGUACUUUCAAGGCCACUGUCAAGGUCUAUGAAGUGGAUUACAACAUGUGUGAACCCACAACCCAACUGCUAGUUGGUAAAGAGGUGACUGCCUCACAGAGCGUGUGGGAAACGUUCGAUGUGACUGCCGCGAUUCAAAGGUGGAUCAAAGUGGGCCACAGUGCUUGUGGGUUUGAUGUUGCAGUGGUUUGGAAGGACUGUGGGAAUCAUGCAAAUGGAAAAGGAGGAGCUGGCUGUUUGGAUAUGAGCAUCUCCAUUAGCGGUAAUACUUCGGCGGCUUUAAUCAUUUUCUCCAAUGAUCUGGAUAGCAGGAGAAAAGAGACAAAGAAAGAGAUAAAAGAGAUGAUCCUCCAUGAAGAAGAAGGCAUCUUACACUUGGGCGCAGACUGGAACAGAGAAUAUCAAAUGCCAAAGGAGAUCCCCAAAGCUCUGAAUCCGCAGCGGAAGAAAAGGAGGGCAGAGAGGGAAUACUGUCGACGGACCUCACUUAAGGUCAACUUCCGAGACAUUGGCUGGGACUCCUGGAUCGUGGCACCACCAGAAUAUGAUGCCUUUGAAUGUCGGGGUCAAUGUUACUACCCACUGACUGCUGAAUCAACACCGUCCAAACAUGCACUCAUCCAGGCACUGAUGAACAUCAGGAACCCCAAGCAAACCAACAUGGCGUGUUGCGUUCCAAUCAGACUGGAUCCCAUCACAGUCAUGUACAAAGAGAACGGUCGCAUAACCAUAAGAUACUUAUACGAAGACAUGAAGGUGGCAGAAUGUGGCUGCAGGUAGUCAGAGAUGAUUGC